GUUCUAGCAGCAACACCGGGCUUGCGGGACUGAGGGAGAGAGAGGGCUUCCAAAGCAGUUUAAAGCUACUCUUUGACUUUGAACCUCUCAGAACCGACAUGAUACAUCACAAAGGACUGGGAAUCCAGGCCAUUUCAAGGCAAUUGCAUGCUUGACACCAGCCUUUAUGAACUAAACCUUGUCACUCAGUGCCUAAUAAAUCCAGCAUUGGAAGAAUGUGGCCUUCUAUUCUGCAUGAAUGUUCUAAUUCCAUGCUGUCAGCUUACUGAUAAAGCACAACAACAAAAAAUGGUAGUUUAGUAUGAUGUAUUUCAUCAUUCAGCAAUAGUUUGAUCAUUCAAGGCAUUUAAGCAAAGUGACAUUAAAGAAACAUGUCUCACUCGGAGAACAAAACCUUGUUUUUGGGGGUGCUAGCUGGUGCAGCUGGCCUCAGCUUGACAUUGUUGUUGCUGAAACGCAACAGACCUCGUUACCUCCUGGGGUUUUCUGAGAUAUGGUCCUCUGCCAAAGAGACUUCUGCUGUACAGGACAACCAAGGAGCAGUUUUGAUUCUUCAAGGUAGACAGCUUCAAAUGCUGGACAAGUUGGGAAGCUUGUUAAAAAGUGUGGAAGAACUGAAGGAAGAAGUUAAGUUUCUAAAGGACACCCUUCCAAAGCUUGAAGAGCAGAUACGAGAUGAGCUCAGAGGGAAAAAUGAUGCACGGAAGAUUAGCCCCCAGCAUAAAGGCAUUAAAAGAAAGAAAAGUGAGACUACUAAAGGAGCAGUGGAGUAUCCUAGCUCUGAGGAGGCUGAGAGUGAAGGAGGGUACAUAACAGCUCACACUGACACUGAGCUAGAAUCAGAUGAGGAACGAGGGCUGAAACAUCUGAAUGCAGAAAAUGCUAAGGUUACAGAAGAGAAAGCAGAGCUACUUUCUGUUCUUUACCAGGCAGAUACUGGGCACUGUGGUUCCGAACCAGAUAAACAAGACACAUUUCGAAUGAUGCUUGAUAAUAAAGAAAAGUAUGGAAACAAAGUGGAAUUUCUGUGGAGACUGGCACGGGCAUAUGGAGAUAUGUUUGAUAUGACAUCCGAUGUUGAAGAAAAAAAAAACUAUGCAGCUAAUGGUAAAAGUAUUGCUGGUAAAGCCAUUCAGUUAGAAGACUGUAGUGCAGAGAGCCAUAGGUGGUUUGCAAUAAUGUGUGGUUACUUGUCUGAGUACGAAAGUGUACAGGAUAAAAUAAAAAAUGGCUACCUCUUUAAGGAGCAUCUGGAUAAAGCAAUAGAACUAGAUCCAAAGGACCCUCUACAGUAUUACUUAUUGGGCAGAUGGUGCUAUGCAGUUUCUCAGUUGUCUUGGAUUGAGAGGAAAGUUGCUGCUGCACUUUUUGGGAAUCCUCCAACUGCAACAAUACAAGAGGCUUUGCAGAAUUUCCUCAAGGUUGAAGAAAUGCAUCCUGGUUACUCCAAAUACAACUAUGUCUUCCUGGCAAAGUGCUACAAAGAUCUUGGGCAGAAAUCUGUUGCUUUAAAGUACUGUGAUGAAGCAUCAGCAAUGACUGCUGCUAAUAAAGAGGACAAAGAUGCUCAGAAAGAAAUGGACACCCUGAUGGUAUCCCUGAAGCAGUAAUACAAGCACAUUUCAAGACACAAAGCAAACAUAUCAGAUACUGGAGUCACAAUACACUGUUGUAGUAUCCCCCACUGAGUAAUAAUUAACUGUAACAAAACUUCAAUUUAUACAAAAUGUAAUUCUGCAUUGCUUUUGUUUAGUACAAAUAAUUGAUUUAUAUACUGACAAUUGAAUGGCCUCACUUGGGAUGAACCCUGCAUGUUUCUAAUAUUACUUCUGAAACCUGUUUUUAAUUAAUGUAGAGGCAUAGAAAAAUAUUAUUUUAAAAAUCUGUUUGAGCAAUAAUGGAAGACCAUAAAAGUAGCACAAUAAAAUAUUUUUUGUUUAA